CUUUUUUACACCAGUCUUUUACACCAUAAGCAACCUAAACCUUCUUCAUCAUGGUCAACACUACUUCAGCUCUUAUUGGCACCCUAGCAGGAGCUUUACUAGCACCUAUUGUUGUGGUUAAAGCUGUAGGCGUGCUCGGCUUUAGUACUACAGGCAUCAUAUCAGGAAGUAUUGCCGCUUAUAUCAUGUCAAUUUAUGGAGGAACUGUCACAGCAGGCUCUGUGUGUGCUGUAAUGCAAUCUAUUGGAGCCGGGGGGCUCGGAAUCAUUGGAGCCAUUGUAUCAUCUGCCAUUGGUGGAACCGUUGGAGGCGUCGUUGGAGCUGCUACUUCGGUUGAUGCAGGCAACUAUGGAGAUUGUUCGAACGACAGCAACUGA